GAAACGUGGGCGCCAUAAACAAUCAAAACCUUGUGGUAUUAUUGUUAAAAAGUAUAGAAUCUAUACUCUUUGUUGUGACUCUCAUUUUUUUGUCUGUUGCUGCUCAUAAUUUUCUGUAUACAAACCUGAAAAACGAAAGAAAAUGUCAUUAUCAUUAUUUACAUAAUAAUAAAUAAAUAUAAAAUUUAAUCAACUACAAAUUAAGAAGAUUUAUUUGCAAUUUUAAUUUAUAAAAAAACAAGAGAUUUAAGAUGAGUCGAAAAGAAGCUUUGUCGCAAUUUAUUCAACAAAUUCAUGGAAGACCAGUGGUUGUAAAAUUAAAUAGUGGAGUAGAUUACAGAGGUGUACUGGCUUGUCUAGAUGGAUACAUGAAUAUUGCUUUAGAACAAACAGAAGAAUAUGUUAAUGGUCAAUUAAAGGAUAAAUAUGGAGAUGCAUUUAUCAGAGGAAACAAUGUGUUGUACAUAAGCACCCAAAAACGGAGAACUUAAAUAUGAUUGUUAAUAUUUAUACUUUAAUUAAGUAUUCGAUAUAAAACGAUAACAAUUUAAUUUUCUUUGAUAAUAAAAAAUCUCAUGAUUAUUAUUUAAA